CUAAUCAUGUCAAAAUAAACUUUAAAAUGCAGUAUUUUACAUGACACCGACUUUACGUCAUGGCGUAAUUGCGAUGAAACAUACAGUUUAUUUAGUGUUGUUUAUUGUUGUGAAUAUUUUUAAAUAUUACAGGAUUCAAUCCGGACAACUACAGUAAAAAGAAUGAACAUGAAUCUAAAGUUGAUGUACUUGCUUCUACUUACGUGCAAUGUUAUUCGAACUCAAAAAUGGGUUCAAUCGAUUGACGAAGGCUUGGAACAUUUAAAUGCAGCCGGAAAAAAAUUGGAAAACACGUUGAAAAUAUUUGCUGAACAGGUGCAACGUCAGCAAUCUUAUGAAGAACAACAAAUUCGUUCAGCAGGUAAUUCUGGAUUAAAAAGAAUACGUGAUCGACAUACAGGUUUGAAAAAUUAUCAUCAAGAAUCUCAUAAUGGCUUCUCCGUAGCAGCUAUUCACGACCAUGCUAACUAUGUGCGCACAGUUGGGAUGGGCGAGAUUCAAGCUGUGCUAAACGGUGUAGAGUUCCAAACAAAGCACAACGACUAUAGCUUGCACAAGCCUGCGAAUAACACAAAUUUGCAUGAAACUGAAGAAAUUCCCUUCCCCGAUGUACCACCAUCAGUUAGUGGUACAGUUGUUGAGCAAAUAGCUGAAAUGAGAGAAUGGUUUCGAGCCUUUAAUGAACAAAAUCAUACCAAACGUGACUACAGAAAAUAUUUUAAACCUGUUUUGUGUUACCUUGAAGGCGCGUGGAUGAAUAGUGGUGGGAUUGAUCAAGAUUUGCCAAAUCCGCCAUCAUGGUAUGAGUUGCAAGAUAAUAUAAAAUUUGCUGCCUAUGCUGGGACAAAAAAUGGAAGCGAAAACUUGGCAUGGCUUCCAACAUCUAUUUUUGGGUUCAAUAAUUCCGUACCUAUCUAUGCACAAUUUAACUACAGAACCUUAUGUCAGCCUUUGGGUCGAGAUCUUCCAUUAAAUCGACUACGUGUUGAAAACAAUCUUAGCAGCAUGUCCAUGACGGGGCGAUCUAUUUAUAGACAUCUUUUUUCACGCGCAGCACGGUUUGUCUUGAAUCAGAAAGAUUCGGAUGAAUGGUUUUCAGGACCAACCGGUUUUAAAGCCAACGGUGACAUGGAUGUCAAUACAGACCCACGUGGUUUGUUAGACCUGUUAAUGUCGAAAAUACCUGGAAAAGAUAACUACCCAGGUAAUUUAAAAGAUGAAGGUUUGGAUAGACAUAAAACAACGGUAGCCGAUCCUGCUAACACUGCCUAUUACCACAGGUGGAUAAAAACCACGGAUGUUGAUGAAUCACGCUCCUACUAUAAGUUAAGAGGAUUUUCCGAUAGUUACAUGUUUUCCGCACAGACCACACAAAGUAAAGUGGCCGGGCGUUCAGUUUGCAAACGAAGAGAUUGGAGAAAAAAAUGUGUGCAGCUUUUAAGUCAAAAAUGGAGCUACGCCAUUCCAUUGGAAAUUAUAUAUCUUACGCCUUUAUCUAAAUGGAAUCCCUAUGGACUGAUUAAUCGAGGAGACUCGGUAACGGAAAAUGGACGCACCGGAGCGUGCACAAUGGAUAAAAGCAAAGCUUUAAAUGGGGUCAACAGUAAAAACUACUAUCUCACACCGAAAGAGUUUUUUACAGGCACUCAAAUCGACAAUGACACUGCCGAUACGGUUCGCAAAGCAGACACGUGCGUUCUUGAUCAGAAUAAUAAUACUCGCAUUGUCAAAGCUUCGGGUAUACAUGUACUUUUACCUGAAAUUAAAGGACUGGGUAUAAUUCGCCAACGUUACCCUAUCAUGCCUAUUCAUGGAGAAGGUUCUCCAUUUUGGAAGGAACUGAACGCUUUGAAGCAUUAUUAUACACAUAUGAUUAAAGAAGAGGUGAAAGCCUUAAAAUGGAUUGAAACAUAUGGGUUCCAUCGGGAAAUAGUUUUAGAAGUGCGUGCUUCAAAUGCUCGCACAGGACACCAUGUUCACCGCACCACGUUGGUCACCACCGAUAUUAAAAUGAUGAAAGCAGGGAUGCGGGUCAGUAAAAUAACAUCACGAAGUCAUGGUCACACUCAUUAUAUUAUAAUUAGAUGGGAACCAUUAAAAAAAUGGUUCUAUAUGGAAUAUUGUGAUGGCUAUUGGAAAUGUAGGUUGGAUGACCAUAGCCGUGUGUUGCGUAUUGUUUCCAUUGAUGGUGUAUCUUUUGAUCGUCCGUUAGGGUAAAGGCGAAAGAGUCGCGAUUUCCUUUGUGAAAAAGAAACUUUUUGAAGUGCAUGCACCAACAGAAGUUAUAGUAUAAAUUGCACUUUUUUCUUUUACAGAAAUAUGUUUUAUAAGAGCUGAAUUUGCAAAAAUAGGUCUAUUGUUUAGAACAAUAUGAAAAUAAGACUAAUGGCCAUGA